GCACACACCAGCAGUUGACACAACAGCGGCUGUAAGAUCAAGAUGAUCCGUGCUUGCAUUGUUCUGGCUCUGGCCACCAGCGCUUUCGCUGGUUUCGUCGGCACCACCGGCUACGGCGUCGGCCUGGCUGCUGCUCCAGCUGUGGCCUCCUACGCCACUGUUGCCCACGCCCCAGUCGCCACCGCUGUUGCCGCCCCAGUCGCUUCCUACGCUGUUGCUCCAGCUGUGACCCGCGUCGCCACUGUUGCCCACGCUGCUCCAGUUGCCACCGUGGCUGCUGCCCCAGUCGCUUCUUACGCUGUUGCUCCAGCUUUGACCCGCGUCGCCACCGUCGCCCACGCUGCUCCAGUUGCCACCGUGGCUGCUGCCCCAGUCGCUUCUUACGCUGUUGCUCCAGCUGUGACCCGCGUCGCCACCGUCGCCCACGCUGCUCCAGUUGCCACCGUGGCUGCUGCCCCAGUUGCUUCCUACGCCGUUGCUCCAGCUGUCGCUGCCGUUCACGCCGCCCCAGCUGUUGCCACCACCACCGUCCACCACGCCCCAGCUGUCGCCACUGUUGCCCACGCUGCCCCAGCUCUCGCUGCCUAUCACGCCGCUCCAGUGUACGGCUAUGGCGUUGGCACCCUCGGCUACGGCGUUGGCCACUACGGAUAUGGCCAUGGUCUUCUCGGCUACGGCCUGAACUACGGCUACGGCCUUGGCACUCCAUUCCACUACGGCGCUCUUCUCCGCAAGAAGUAAACAACUUUCAUAGUUGCAAGAAGAAGAUAGACAAUCAUGGCCUAAAUUAUUACGGCUAUUCAUGGUUGGUGCUUCAUCGACCAUCGAACGCCUCAUCAAAUGAAAUAAAGUCGUUUUCCUUGC